AGAGAUAGUAUUGAUUGAGCAAUGGGAGCUCUGGCUACACUCGCCCCUUGGACUCCCGAAGAUGAUCUUUUGCUCAAAAACGCCGUUGAGGCUGGUGCUUCCUUAGAGUCACUCGCGAAAGGAGCAGUGCAGUUUUCUCGAAGAUAUGGUAUUAGAGAAAUACAAGAUCGAUGGUAUUCUCUCCUCUAUGAUCCUGUAAUUUCUGCUGAGGCUUCUGCUUGCAUGACGAACUUUGAGCUUUCUGCAUCGCCUCUUCCGUCGAGGUUAUUUAAGUUUGGACCUUUAAAAGAGAGUAAAGUUGUUUCUGUUAAGAGAAAAUCUGGAAGUGUUCGCGCUUUGUAUUAUGCUAUGCACAAAAGAAUCCGCAAUAGCUCAUUAGGUUCCAUGGAUAUAGGUUUUAUAGUUGAUCCGGAAAAUGGCAAUUAUAUAGUGAAUGGAAGUGAGCCUCUAUCUGAAAACUGCAUGCCAGAAGGUGAAACUUUGAAUCAUUUUUCAAAUCUGGAUCCUGCUCGGUAUGCUUUUUCUGAAAAUAUGAUGGAUGGUAAUGUUGCUUCUAAUGGAGUUACUGCUCAUGCAUAUAGCACUGGAGUUGACAAUCCAGUUGAAGAGAAUUUCCCUGUUGAGCAAAAUUGUAUACUUAAGGAAGAACCUCAAAUUCUUGGAGAUAAUAUGUCUUUGAAUGGAGUGGCUGAGGACUUGGGUGUUCCAAAAGAUUUGGGUAUAGAUGAGUGGAUUGGAGAUGAUAAUUUAGAGAAAAUGCCCUUGUCUGCAUUGGAUCAUAUCAACAAUGACCCUGGAAAUUUGUGUUCUGAGUUUGAUGACAACAAUGUAUUUGAUUCACCUGAGCUAGAGUGUGGAACAUCGUUUAACUUAUCUCCACUUCCUGAAAUGCCAAUCUGGAGAACAGAUGACAGCAUUCAAGAGUCUGAUAUUCCAUGUGAUGGUUUUAAAGACUCUAUUCCUUGUGGGGAGGCCUAUUUGGAAGAACUGUCCAAUUCUCUCUUCAACUUCAGUAGUGAGGAAGAACUCUUUCUGAUGGAUGUUGAUGGAAAAGAUGGGAUUGACAAGUCUUACUAUGAUGGUCUGAGUUCACUUCUACUAAAUACUCCGAAUGAUGCUAAUCAAGAUCAGAUACCUAAAACGGAUGAAAGAGAAUCUUUAAUGGCCUCUCAGGCACAUGCUACAGAUCUGCCAGCUUCAUGUCACGCAGAAGUAGAUGACAACCCAGGGUCAGGCUCUAGUGGUGUUCAACUAGAUCACAAAUUAGAAUUGCCCAAGCCAUCUUCUGCCUUGGGGAAAGACCCUCAAUUUCCCGAAUAUGUUAAUGGAAUUAUUUACUGUACAUUAAACACCGAGGACCCAGAAGUUCCAUCCAAUGAUGAUGUCUUCCUACCAUUUGAUGUGCCUCCUUCCAUAUUUCCCUCUUCAUCUAAUUCAACUUUUAAAGAAUCCACCAGUGAAAGAGGUAAAAUUUUGAUGCAUGUAGAAAAGAAAAACCUUGUAGAAUCUCAUGCAUCCCCUCAAAUGACGGGAUCUGCUCACUUCUCAGGACCUGUUGCUGGUUCUAAGGUAAACUGUGAUUUGCCUGCUAGUCAUACAUCACACACAGGGUCUAGGAGUGCAGUUACUGUUGUUGGUGGCUUGGGUGUAAAUAAUGCAGCAAACACAACCAAUGCUCUUCUGCAUUCAAAUCAAAAAGAAGAAGCUACCAAUGCUGACCUGGCAAAGCAUCUAAACAAUCGUGUGACAAAUCCUUUCAUUAAGAAAGCAGUUGUUGGUUCUAAUGACUUCAGAGAUCAUCCCCAAUCCAAUGGUUCUGGCAUGAAGAAGGACCAAGAUUUAGCCUUACCACUUCAAGACCACCAGUUGCCACAUGCUGAAGUGGGGUCCUUGGAUGUUCUUGGGUCAGAGCUGGUGGUAAAUCCCCAAACUUUAAAUGAGGAACAACAAUAUAUAGAGAGUGACGAUGAAAUUCCUUCUUAUUCUGAUGUAGAGGCAAUGGUACUUGAUAUGGACUUAGAUCCUGAUGAUCAUCAAGAUUUGUCUUAUAAUGAGGAAGUAUCAAAAUAUCAACAUGUGGAAAGUAAGCGAGCAAUCAUGAGGCUGGAACAGGGUGCCCAUUCUUGUAUUCAGAGAGCCAUUAAUUCACAUGGAGCAUUUGCCAUUUUAUAUGGUCGCCACUCGAAGCAUUAUAUUAGGAAACCCGAGGUUUUACUUGGACGAGCGACAGAAGGUGUUCCUGUGGAUAUUGACUUGGGCAAAGGAGGGUAUGGCAAUGCAAUAUCUCGACGUCAGGCAAUUAUAAAGAUGGAUAAAGAUGGAUCAUUCUACAUCAAAAACUUUGGCAAGAGUUCAAUCCUGGUAAAUAGCAAAGAAGUUCACACUGGUCAAUCUCAAAGAUUGCAUUCCAAUUAUCUGAUUGAGGUGAGAAGCAUGCCGUUGAUAUUUGAGAUAAAUCGAAGUCGAGUGAAGCAGUACCUGGAACAUAUUUCUGACAAUUCACAGACCUUAUAGUGUUGAUUUGUAAAUGAAAGCAAGAGGC